CUUUGAGACUGGGUCUGACUGACUGAGCUGAGUCGAAGUCGAAGUUAAAUCAAAUUCCACUACUAGUUUACUAGAUCUAGAUGUACUAAAGGCCCUGUAAUUCAGCAAUGUCUAGACAGGUAUUUGUAGCAUUGAGGUACGGUUCCAUGCCUAUUCUGGGGCUAGGCCUCCUUCAAGUCAGAGCUGGUGAAAGUCCAGGUGAGGACAUGACCCCAACAACCUUGGUAAAGCCUAAAGAUUUUCCAGUAUAUAGUGAACCCAAGCAAACCGAAUAUCAGCUGAUACCUGAAGGACCUAGUGCUUUGAGGGACAUGGUGGGCUCAGUAAGGGAACAGAUAUGGAGGUUCUCAGACACUUUCCAUGGAGCCAUCAGUUUUACUCAAAGAACAUACAAAACAGCAGAGGAGACAUCGAAAAGUGUGAUUCAAUUCAUCAAAACAGAGGAAGGAUUCUACCCCAGGGCGGGGGUCAUCUCCAUUGCUGGCCUUGCUGGUCUUGUCUUGGCAAGGAAAGGUGGAUUCAUCAGGAAGGUUGUAUAUUCUGGUGGUUUGAUGACAGCUACUGCUUCACUGUGUUAUCCAUACCAGGCAGUUAGGAUAGGCAAGGCCGAGAUUGAAUGGGUUAAAACCAAAGCUGCAGACCUCUAUAAAGGAGACACAUCAAGUCCUGCUGUUGAAAAAGUUGCAGCUACUGAAGUGAAGAAGGAAGAUGAAUCAGAGAGCUCUAAUCAAGAAGAUUCUUUGAAGACAGAUGAAAGUACAUCAAAUGCUAGUCUAGAAGACCAUGGACAGUCAAAACCAGAAGAUAAAGACAUGUACACUACCAGAAGCUGAGUGCAUGACCUCUAACCUGAACUUUGAACUUUGUUGGAGUGUUACUCAGAUUGAAUACUGAUGCAUGGCAUAACUUUGCUCUAUUUAAAUUCAUUGUGUGUGGAUAAAGGGAGAUGGAGGCAUCAAUAAUACUGAGACAUGUAAUCAUUGGGACAGGACUUGUGCCCAGUCUAUUCAGGAUGUAAUAUUUCAUAUAGUAUUAUAACUAAAAAUCAUUACUAAAAAACAAUUUAAACUCACAACACAUCAUGGUAACCUAUAGAUCAUCAUGAUUCAAUAUAUUCAAGCUGUUCUUUGCCCUGCUGUGAAAAUUGCGAGUUUAAACAGAACUUGAUAAAGUCAACUGAGACACAACUUUCAGAUAUGUAUACAUGCAAUGACUAAAAUAUGUGAAUUUUUGAGGGUUUUUUUUUUCUUCUCAUCCAUUUUGGCCCCUGGCCUAUGUAUACUAAUGUAUCUGAUUUAUAACAAAUUGUAUGGAGUCCUUUCUUUUUUAAAGUGAAAAAAAAAUGAUAAUUUCCAUUUCUGAGAUCAAAGGGAAGGUUUAUUAUGGCAUUACUAGUCUUUAUUACAGCUUCGGACUCCCAAAACAUACGCAUGUGUGUGUAUAAAUGAAGAAUAGUUGAAAAACUUCAAAAUAUUUUCAGCCUACUAUAUAUUCUGGGUUGUUUUUUUAAACAUGUAAGAUAGGGUGGUCAUAGUGGGGAACUUCUAAAAGAAAUAAAUGUAAGAUGCUCUGCUAGCAUGGAAGUGCUUAAGUCUCAUGGUUCUGACACUGCUUAUCAGAAAGAGGGUAUUGUGUCCCUGCCAUGGCAUUUAUAUCCAUUUGCAAGAAAUCCUGCCUAGGUGAUGUGAAUGGAUGCAUCAGGACAACUUUCAAUGUACACUGUUAAAAAGGGCAGGCUGAGCUAAAAUAAUCAAGUUGAAACCCCUAUAUUGUGUCUCAGAAUACACAUUAGCAAACAUUAAGUAACAACCUGAUCAAACAAGGCUAUAAACAAGCAGCCAUUUCAAUAUUUAAUUGAUGCUUUAAUUUGAGGAGCAAUUAUGAAUUAAGAAAUGGGGCUGAUACUUUGUGUGUAUAUUCUAUUCUAUAGCUUGCAAAGCAGAACUUUGUUAGCCAAUGAUAAUUUCAAUAAAGAAGCUACAUUAAAA